AUGCGCUCUUCUCGGUCGUUUGCUAGGUGCGAAGGAGACGAAUCGAUUGGCGAUGUGUGCAAUUGUCUGGGGUUUGACAAGGCCAAAGAGCCGGAGAAGCAGCGAAGAUGCUGCGGUCUCAGUGGGGCAGCGAUGGGGCGAUCAGCAGUUGAGGAAGGAGGUCGAUUGAAGGCAGUGGCAGUAGAACACAAAGAAGGAGCAGGGCAUUUAGGUGAUGAUUCUUCAACAGGAAAUGAACGGGAUCAACAGGAAAACAGAAUAGGGAAAGGGGUGUUUUUGGCUGAUGAGAUCCAACAGGAAAAGGUAAAGGAUGGGAUUGUCUUGGCCGGCGACAGUCACCGGUCUUUUUCCUUCUGUGGCCGACGAUCAAGAGGAACGGGAAGGAUGACUCAAGGGUGA